AGCGGUAUACGAUAUGAACAAGUUUUGCAUCGAAAUAGCUACGUGGGUCGUUCGUUCAUUCAGCCGAGUACCGAGUUAAGACAAAAAGUGGUUUUGAAGAAAUUCGGUGUUAUCAGCGAGAAUGUGAUCGGUAAAAGGAUUAUAUUGGUCGAUGACUCGAUCGUUCGAGGAAAUACGAUGGCAAAAAUUGUUCGCAUGCUCAAAGCAUACGGUGCAAAAGAGGUACAUCUUCGAAUCGCUUCACCACCAUUGAAGUAUCCAUGUUUUAUGGGUAUCAAUAUACCGUCAAAAAAAGAGCUUUUGGCAGCCAAUUUCACUGUUGAUGAAAUCUGCGCACAGUUGGGCGCAGAUUCAAUUCAGUAUUUGAGUAUUGAAGGUCUAGUACGUGCCGUUCGUGGCAGUAGUAAUCGAGAGAACGGUUAUUGCACAGCGUGUCUCAGUGGAGAAUAUCCCACAGAACUUGAAUGGUAG